ACAGGUGUUUUCCCCAUAGCCGGCACUUUGAUUCACGCUCUUUGUACCAUCUCCUCCAAGCCAGCUAUCGAUAAGUUUUUCGACUAGUCCACGUCUUCUACCUGCGGUUUUCGUCUAAAAAUUUAAAUGCUGCAUUAAUACUGUAUUAAAAAUGCAAUUAACCAGUGCACACGACACAGUUUAACCACAGACAAGCCAUUUCAUUGCCAUCAAGUGCAAAAUUCGAGCAGAUCAAUGUGGAUCACGGGCCAGUUUGUUUUCCUUCUGCUGGUGGCACUUGUUGCCGCUAAAACAAAAACUUCGGCGGUGCAGGAUGACAUCGUGGAGUACAAGGACUUCAAAAAGCUGCUGCGAACCAAGAACAAUGUCCUUACGCUCUAUGUGGCCAGUGCCAAGGCUGCCGGCGCCGAGUUAAAAGUGUUCCGCGAGGCUGCGGAGGCGAUACGGGGAACCGGGACGAUGCUGCUCCUGGAUUGCGGCCAGCAGGAUCGCAAAAAGCUGUGUAAAAAGCUUAAAGUCUCACCGGAACCUUACGCCAUUAAGCACUACAAGGAUGGCGAUUUUCACAAGGACUACGACCGGCAACUAAGUGUCAGCUCCAUAGUCACUUUUAUGCGCGAUCCUUCCGGCGAUCUACCAUGGGAGGAGGAUCCCGCCGGCGAGGAUGUCCUACACUUUAGUGACGCCGCCUCAUUUACCAAACACCUGCGCAAGGACAUUCGGCCCAUGCUGGUCAUGUUCCAUGUGCCGUGGUGCGGGUUCUGCAAGAAAAUGAAGCCUGACUACGGCAAGGCGGCCACGGAGCUGAAGACCAAGGGUGGCUAUCUCCUAGCGGCGAUGAAUGUAGAGCGGCAAGAGAACGCCCCCAUACGAAAAAUGUUCAACAUAACUGGCUUCCCCACCAUGAUCUACUUCGAAAAUGGAAAGCUGCGCUUCACCUACGAGGGAGAGAACAAUAAGGAAGCCCUGGUAUCCUUCAUGCUCAACCCUAAUGCUAAGCCCACGCCGAAGCCCAAGGAGCCCGAAUGGUCGGCGGACACCAACUCGGAGAUUGUCCACCUCACCUCGCAGGGCUUUGAGCCAGCUCUCAAGGACGAGAAGGCCGCUCUGGUCAUGUUCUAUGCGCCCUGGUGCGGGCACUGUAAGCGCAUGAAGCCCGAAUAUGAAAAGGCUGCUUUGGAGAUGAAGCAGAAAAAGAUUCCCGGCCUUUUGGCCGCUCUGGAUGCCACUAAGGAGCCGUCUAUCGCCGAGAAAUACAAAGUCAAGGGUUAUCCAACGGUUAAAUUCUUUACGAACGGAGUCUUUAAGUUCGAAGUUAAUGUGCGCGAGGCUUCGAAAAUUGUCGAAUUUAUGCGAGAUCCCAAAGAGCCACCACCACCACCACCGCCGGAGAAAAGCUGGGAGGAAGAGGAGGACAGCAAGGAGGUGCUCUUUUUAGAUGAUGACACUUUCACUUCCACGCUGAAGCGGAAGAAACACGCACUGGUCAUGUUUUAUGCUCCAUGGUGUGGACACUGUAAACACACUAAGCCAGAGUUCACAGCGGCUGCCACGGCUCUGCAAGACGAUCCUCGUGUAGCGUUUGUGGCCAUCGACUGUACAAAGCUUGCCGCGCUAUGCGCAAAGUACAGUGUCCGCGGUUAUCCCACCAUCCUGUACUUCUCAUACCUUAAAACCAAACAGGACUACAACGGCGGACGCACCAGCAAAGACUUCAUCGCCUAUAUGAACAACCCGCUAAACUCAGCGGACCGCACAGAGCUGUGAUACGCUGCUGCCAAGUGUAAUGAUGGUUCUUUCCCACUACUUUGCAAUCUCAAUUCUUGUAUUACCCCAACUGUAUUCGUUUCGUUAUCAAUCAGCCUUAAAAGUCGAAUAUUUUAUAAAGUGUAUCUGCAUAUUCUAACUAAAUAGCUUACUAAUAAAUUAUGUUAAAACUUGUAGAAUAAUUUCGAUUACCAUAAUGCUUUUACACGAAUAAUAAAAUACUAUUGAAAUUAUGUAAAAAUAAAUACUUUAACAUCUUA